AUGCUGAAGCUUAGACACAAAAACAAAAAACCAGGUAAAGGUUCCAAAGGCUGUUUGAAGCCCGCAAGGCAAAAUGGGAAGAAAGUAACCUCCAGACCAUCAUGUGCUCCCCAGAUGGUUCACGGCAACGACCAUGCCAGUCGCGAGGCCGAAUUAAAGAAGAAAAGGGUCAAGGAGAUGAGGGAGAAGCAACAGGCUGCCCGGGAGCAAGAGAGACAGAGACACAGGACCUUGGAGAACUAUUGUCAGGAUGUCCUGACCCGACAGCAGGAGUUUGAGCAAAAGGAGGAAAUUUUGCAGGAAUUAAAUAUGUCUCCUCAGUUGGAUGAAGAGGCCACAAGGAAGGCCUAUUACAAGGAAUUCCAGAAGGUGGUAGAGUACUCUGAUGUGGUUCUGGAAGUCCUAGAUGCCAGAGACCCAUUGGGCUGCCGCUGUUUGCAGAUGGAGGAGACUGUCCUUCACGCAGAAGGCAACAAGAAGCUGGUCUUGGUCUUAAAUAAGAUAGACCUGGUUCCCAAGGAGAUUGUGGAAAAGUGGCUGGAUUACCUUCACAAUGAACUGCCAACUGUGCCUUUCAAGGCCAGCACCCAGCAUCAUCAGGUCAAAAACUUGACUCGGUGUAAAGUUCCAGUGGACCAGGCCUCUGAGGCACUGUUGAAAAGCAAAGCCUGCUUUGGAGCUGAAAACCUCAUGAGGGUCCUGGGGAACUAUUGUCGCCUGGGGCAAGUGCGUGGCCACAUUCGCGUGGGUGUUGUAGGCCUUCCCAAUGUGGGGAAGAGCAGUCUGAUCAAUAGUCUGAAGCGCGGCCGUGCGUGUAGUGUGGGAGCUGUUCCUGGUGUCACAAAAUUCAUGCAGGAGGUCCACCUAGACAAGUUUAUCAGGCUGCUGGAUGCACCCGGCAUUGUCCCAGGACCCAGUUCGGAGGUGGGCACCCUCUUGCGUAAUUGCAUGCAUGUGCAGAAGCUGGCAGACCCUGUGACCCCCGUGGAGACCAUCCUUCAGCGCUGCAACCUGGAGGAGAUUUCCAACUAUUAUGGUGUAUCUGGAUUCCAGACGACUGAGCACUUUCUGACUGCAGUGGCCCAUCGCUUGGGAAAGAAGAAAAAGGGAGGCGGAUGUAAUCAGGCACAGGCUGCCAAAACUGUGCUGGCUGACUGGGCGCGUGGGAAGAUCAGCUUCUAUACGCCACCACCGCCCACUCACACUCUGCCCACCCAUCUCAAGGCUGAGAUUGUUAAGGAGAUGACUGCGGUCUUUGAUAUAGAAGACACAGAGCAGGCCAAUGAAGACACCAUGGAAUGCUUAGCUGUGGGAGAAUCCGACGAGCUGUUGGGUGAUCUGGACCCACAAGAAGUCGAGGCCAGGUGGCUCCAUUCUCCAGAGGUGAAAAUAGCAGAUGCCACUGAAAAUAAAGCCGCCGUGUAUAAGAUGGAAAAUCUCACUGGGUAUUGUACCAAACCGAACCGUCAUCAGAUGGGGUGGCCUAAAUGCAACGUGGACCACCAUCGCCCCCCAAAUAACCAUGUAGUAGGGGUCAGUUCUGUGGACCGUCGCCCGAUGUUGCAGAGGAUCCUGGAGUCAGACCCACUUCAACAAGGCCAGGCUCUGGCAUCGGCCUUGAAGAAUAAGAAAAAAUUGCAGAAACGUUCAGAUAAAAUCGCCACUAAGUUGUCUGACUCCAUGAUGUCUAUGCCUGACCUCUCUGGCAACUCCGAUGACGGUGCUGGUGACUGA